AUGGCUUUGCAAGCCACAUCUCGCUUGGCAAAGCUGAGCCCCCUUCGGCCAUGCCUGAGCUGCCGAGCAGCUCGAGCCCGUGCGUCCUCGACCUCAAUGGCAGAGUCUCCACUGAAGCAAGCGGUCUUGACUGCUGGCAGUUUGGCAGCUGGACUGUCAGCACGACGGCGGAAAGUGGGCGAGGUCACUUUGGAUCCACAGACGGCAGACUGUGCACAGGAGAUACGAAAUAUGUUGAGACAAGACGAUGUGAGCCCCGAAGUGGCUCAAGAUGUGGUCCGGGCUUUGUCAGCUUUUGGGAAGAUGAGGAUUCUUCAUACCCAGGUCUUGAAUGUUUUACGAGACCUGCCAGAAAGCACAUGGAAAGAGAGCUUUUCUUUGUCGAUGAUGGUGGAGGCAAUCUCGUCCUAUGCCGAAUUUCAGCUUGAAGAUCCAGAGUUCAACCAAGUUCUGGCAGGUCUCAUUGUGAGUCGAGGUCUUUCAGACGAUGUGGAGAAGAUUCUCGAGGUUAGCAGCGGUGCAGUGCUUGCUCCUGGCGACCAGGCACAGCAGCUUCGGCGCCUGGCUGAAAGCUGUGAGAGCCCCGGUCUUCAGGCAGCGGUGCUGAAUGCCGCGGCGCUGCGAUAUACGAAGGUGAAAGAUUUUGCGAAGUGCAACGAGAUUUUUGAAUAUAUGGCUGAGAAGGAGCUUCACAGAGGGAAGGAUCUUUGGACGCCGGUGAGCUAUGCAUUAGCAAAACGAGUAGGCAGUCAUGUGCAGGGAUCACCACCUUUACCGGGCAUGAGGACUCCAGGGCCAAAAGCUCACAAGUAUGUCCGUUCGCGGAACUGGCUGAAGUUUGGUGCUGCAGAUGAGAAAGGGAAAGAAGAUUGCCUGGCAGUGGAAUUUGGCACCUUCCUUGGCUAUUCUGCUGUCAAAAUGCAGCAACAGCUUGGAGAUGGGUCCAGAGUGAUCAGCUUCGAAAUGGAUCCUGAGGUGGCGUGUUUGGCCUUGAACUUCAUUGAGUUCGUUGGUCUCAGUGAUGUGAUUGAGGCCCCAAGUGUUCUGCAUGUGAAUUGGCAAUUGUGCAGCAUCAGGAAAGAGGAGCUGGAGCCUGGAUCCGUUGAUGUCGUCUACAUGGAUCACAAUCAGAUGACAUAUCACAGGGACUUGGCACAACUGCAACAAAGCAGGACAGCUCCUCCGCGAGAUUUGGUGCUAUUGGCAGCGGAGUGCAACUUGAUGCGCUGGCGAACUGCCAAGGGCAUGGUCGAUGAGAAGCUCUGGGAUGAAUUUGUGCAAUAUGUACGCAGAGGAAUGGAGAGGGCCGGAAUCAGCAACACCAGGGAAAACUGGCCAGAUCAGAAGUGGUUUGAUGCUGCUCGGAAGCUGGAAUAUCAACGUCUCGACUAUUGA